UUUAACUUUUCGAGGAACCACCAAACUGUUUUCCAUAGCAGCAGCAUCAUUUUACAUCCCCACCAGCAAUGCAUGAGAGUUCCAACUUCUCCACCUCCUUGACAACACUUGUUAUUGUCCAUCUUUUUCAUGCUAGCCAUCCAAGUAAAUGUAAAGCAAUAUCUCAUUGUGGAAAAUAAGUAUUCCAUAGAUUUUUAACCUGAAAACUCAUUUUAAAAAAGUAGUCUUACUUCACACCUUCCAUAUGUAAAACAUAUAUGAGAGGAGCCUCUUCAGGUGAAAUGGGGAAGGAGGCCUGAGCCACCCCUCUCAGUAGGUGCAGAGGCAAGUCCUCUGGGGUGGUUUGAAGACCUAGGCUCAAUGCCCUUCAGCUCUGGAGUCUGAGUCUAAGGAGAAUCUGAGGACUGGAGACACGUCAUGUGUAGCAGCUGCCUCAGCCCUCAACCUAUCCUGGUUGCCUGGGGAACCUCCUCACAGCAUUUGGCCAAGUUGUGCGUCUGCCUUGCCGCUGUGUUGGGGUUGCCACAGUGAGAAGAAGUUGGAUGGCACCUCAUCUGUGGUCCCAGAUUUGAGGGUGGCUUGUGCAGGAAACAGGAAGCAAGGUGGAGAAAUGCCAGCAAGUCCUGGAAGGAAGAUCCUUGGUUUUGUUGACAAAGGAGGAGCAGAGGCACAUAGUGGCUGCUGAGGCCAUAGUCAGCGCAGGGUUUACUGAACUCCUCAGCUGUGAAUAGCCCUGAUAGUGCUAAUCUUCUGAGAUCUAGAAUGCAGCUUCUGGAACACUCCCAGGCCUGUCUUCUAUUCCCACCUCUCUGCAUUAGCAUUCUAGGAGCACCAGGCGCUCUGCUGUUUGAUGGGUGGAAUGUUCUGCGUUCUAGUGUUGCCUUGGCAAAGAGAGGAUCCCUCCCAAGUUCUGCUCUGUUGAUUGCAACGCUCUGCUUUCCACAGCUGUCAGUGGUUUGAGUCAUCAGACACAGAUUGUUCUGUUCCCUUGGAUUUUAGGAUAGCUUUCUUCUUGUAUCAAUGGCUAAUUCUUUGAAAGAAGAUAAAUUAUAGUACAUACAGGGACUUUUGCUUAGCUGGAAUAUUAGAUUAACCCAAGCACCUGGUUUUUCCCCCAUGACUUGUUGAUUGAGUAAAAUGCUAUCAUGUCUCUUUGAAGAAUGGAGCUUCCUAAUUUUACAUAUGUGGAAACUGAGACCCAAAAGUCCUAGUAAUGAAGGAGAAGGAAGCAUCAAUGAGAAGCCCAUAAUUUCAUUAACAGCCCUGGAAUUAGAGAAUGUUAGAUCCAGAGCACCUUAGAGACCAUCUAAUCUGACUCUUUGGUCUAUCCAAUGUGCUUGUUUAAAACAUUGUGUUACCAACAAUUGUGUGUUGAUUAGGUUUGUUUUUAUGAAAUUUCCCAGGGGAUGGUGUUCCCGGAGUUUUGGUCCAAGGCAUAGCAUCCUAAGUGGCCGAGACAGUGAUAGGAGAAGUCAUUUGUGGAAAGGCUGUGGGUGGGGCCUAAAGAAAGAGUGCAACGUAUGCUUGAGGACAGACAGGGAAGGUGCUGCAGACAGGACAAACAGCCCAUGUAGAGAUGCAGAUUUGGGAGUGACUAGCUGAAGUCUCCCGGAUGUAUCAGAGAGCCAGUUGGAAAAGGUGUCAAUGGGAGGGCCUUAAACAGCCACAUCAAGAGCUUUGCUCUGAUUUUUACCUAAUCUGGGACUUCCAAGGAAUUUUGAACAGGAUCCAGGCCCUUUUCUCCAUUGUUCCUGCCAUGACCCUGGCCCAGGCCUUCCUAAUUUCUCCCCUGGUUGGUAACCUCCUAACUGGUAUCCCUCCCUUUCCACACAGGCUGCCUACCCAGGAACUUUCUAAAAUGCAAAUAUGAUUGUGCCCCUUUCCUAUAAAGCACUUGCAUGGCUUCCUGUUGCGCACAGGACAAGAUCCUGGCUUAGGUGGCUCUGCGUGGCCUUCCCCCUCCUCCUGCAGCCUCAUUCCCACUGUACUUCUGCCCUCACUGGGCUCCCUAGUUUCCAAGCAGCCAGCUGUCACUCACUGCCUGUGUCCAGGCUUCUCCUUCCCUCCCAUUUGCUGCUGCUGCCUGGUGAACUCCUAUUCAUCCCUCAAAAUGCAGUGCAAAUUCCUUGUGUAGGGAAGCAUUCCUGGAUCCUCCUGAAUACACUAUUAUGCCUUGAAUGUGUUUCUGUUUUGAAGUUCACUUCAUGUUACUUCCAAAAUACUGGCUGCUCCCAUGUUUUAGUGUUUAUUGUGUGAUAGGUACUGGCCCAAGCCCCGUACUCACAUUAUUUUACGUUAUUCUCACAGUAACCAUGUGAGGUGUGCUCAUUACAGCCCCAGUUACAGGUAUGGACACUGAGGCUCAGAGAAGUGGUGUGACUUGCCCAAGGCAUGCAGCUGAAGGGCGAUAGAGGUGGCAUUUAGCCCAGAGCAGUUCAUAUCGAUUUCUGUAGUCAUUAGUCUCCUGCUCCCUGGACCCCCAUUGUUGGGGGGCUUAGGAAGUGUUGAGCAUUUGAGGGAGCAGUCAAAGGAGUGGAUGCAGCAGGGUUGCUAUGGUGUGGACAAGAUGGGGAAGUGGAGGGAAGUUCAGUGAGGGCAGGGGCUGGGUUUACUCUGGAGCUAAAAUGAUGAGAGACUAUCAGCCCAGCUUCCCGCAGUUAGAGGGUUUUCUUUCUACCUUCCUUUCCAAGUGGCAGCCUCUGGCCACCUGGGGAGAGGCCUGUGGGACUCCAGGCUAAGCAGGUGGCAUAGUGACAAACACCAUGGCAACCUGCCUCCUUUCUGGGGCCUAGAAGGGAGGGAGGACCUGAGAGAGCACAGGGUGCACACUGAGUUUUCUGAGUGAGAUCCUGAGAAGUGGCUCCCUUUGGGCCUGGGUGGCCUCUGCCCUCCCAUGAGGGACCCUGCCUACAAGGUCCCAUCCCAGUAGGGGAAAUGCCUCUUCCACCUUUGUCCCUGAUGAAUAGCUGGCUCUGGGUUCCCAGGAGACUGUUAGCUGUACCCAGGUACAAAUGCCAUCCCCUUCCCUCCCCCACACCCGGGAGGAAGGAAGAGGGAACUCAAGAGGAGGCAGGUGUGGGGUUGCCAAGCAAGGUAGUGGCAGGGACAGCUGGGACAAGGCCCUCAUUGUAGCAAGGCCACACACAGCUCUAAGACAAACCAGGCAUUUUGCCUGCUUCCCAGGACUGGGCCUAGCACUCUGCCUGGACCUUCCUGGCUCCUUAGAACACUCACUCACGCUGGCUUGGAAGAGCCCAUCCUCAGAUAUGAGUCCUGCCUCUGCUGGAAAGUCCUCCUGAAGGCUCAGCCUCCUUUUUGUAUCCUCCCAAAAGCCAGAAGGGCAGGGGCGAAGGUGGGAGAGUUGUUAGUGAAGCCAGGCUGACCAGAAGCCAGAGCAUGUCACACCUGCAGCUGUGUGACCUUGGGCCCAAAUGCAAUAACAAAGCCGGCCUUGAAGGAUUGCUGCUUGAAGUAAUGGGCCAAGGCAGACGAGAGCACUCAGCAUGGCCACCUUGCCACAGAAGGAUUCAGGAAAUGGCAGGUGAUCCUUGGAGCCCUUACCCAUGUCUCCCUCUGCACCCUAAGCUGUCAAGAUCUUCCUGUGCCCAGGAGGCAGUGAGCCAUUUAUGGCCAUCCUCAUAAGCAUGGAGGAGCACUGAUGUCCUCUCACCCCCAAAUCACCCCUCCUCCAUGGUUCCUGCUCUAGGGGCCAGCCCUACAGUUCCAGGAGGCCCUGCCUGGGUGACUGGGGCAUGAUGAGUGGGAAGCAUUGCCAAGCUGGGGCAAGCAGCUCAGGUGACAAGCGUGGUGUCGGCAGGUCCUGCAGCCCAGCACCCGACACCUCCAGGCAGACAAUGCUGGCUGUGUCCAGACCCUCCAGGGGAACAGGCCGUGUUCUAUGUCCCCGCCAGGAAACAGGCCAUCUGAGCAGUGCCUUUGUCCACUCAGGAGGCAGCCCCGCCACUGGCUGGGAUGACCAGGCUCCAGGGAGGCCCUGACGUGGGAAGGGGGUGGUCCCCGGGCCAGAGACUCUGGGGUUUGAGAUCCAGCCCCUCAGCAUCUGAUGUUGACCGGGUUUCGAUAUUGGCUCUGCCACACACCUGGGAUGUGACUUGGCCAAGUCCUUCCCUCUCGGUGGCUGGAUUCCUUAUCUGUAAAAGGGGACUAAUCACAGCACUUCCUCAUAGGGUUGUUGAGAGGAGUCAAUGGCAUAAUACGGGAAGCCCCGAACCACGCGCCAACUGGGAAGGUGAUGGUCGGCGAGACCAGCCCAUCCUAAUUCGGGGUUCCUGGUCCUGCUCCAGGAGUCCUACGGCCUGCAGCCCCUACCAGAGAGGGAGGACUGAACAGCAAGGGGCCCCUGGGAUACCACCCAUCCCACCACUUACUCGGACCCGCAGCCUCAUGGCCAUGUCCCUGCCGGGAAGUCGACGGACCUCUGCUGGAUCCCGCAGCGGGGGCACUUUGGGCCGCAGCGGCCUGGCAGUGUUCGCCCAGUGUCCGCAGCUGCCCGCCAGCCAGAACGAGCACCUGCCUCUUCUUCCUGCCUCCAGGCGCACCUCUCCACCCGUGAGCGUGCGGGAUGCCUACGGCACCUCUUCGCUCAGCAGCAGCAGCAAUUCCGGCUCCUACAAGGGCAGUGACAGCAGUCCCACGCCAAGGCGCUCCAUGAAAUACACGCUGUGCAGUGACAACCAUGGCAUCAAGCCCCCGACCCCGGAGCAGUACCUGACCCCCCUGCAGCAGAAAGAGGUGUGCAUCCGGCACCUGAAAGCCCGGCUGAAGGACACGCAGGACCGGCUCCAGGACCGGGACACGGAGAUUGAUGACCUGAAGACGCAGCUGUCUCGCAUGCAGGAGGACUGGAUUGAGGAGGAGUGCCACCGCGUGGAGGCCCAGCUGGCCCUGAAGGAAGCCCGAAAGGAGAUCAAGCAGCUCAAGCAGGUCAUUGACACUGUCAAGAACAACCUGAUUGACAAGGACAAGGGGCUGCAGAAGUACUUCGUGGACAUCAACAUCCAGAACAAGAAGCUGGAGACUCUGCUGCAUAGCAUGGAGGUGGCCCAGAACGGCAUGGCCAAGGAGGAUGGCACCGGGGAGUCAGCCGGCGGGUCCCCUGCCCGCUCCCUCACCCGCAGCUCCACCUACACCAAGCUGAGUGACCCGGCCGUCUGUGGUGACCGCCAGCCGGGCGAUCCCUCCAAUGGCUCUGCUGAGGAUGGGGCAGACAGUGGCUUUGCGGCAGCUGAUGACACACUGAGCCGGACGGACGCCCUGGAGGCCAGCAGCCUGCUGUCGUCCGGGGUGGACUGUGGCACUGAGGAGACCUCGCUGCACAGCUCCUUUGGCCUGGGCCCCCGCUUCCCCGCCAGCAACACCUAUGAGAAGCUGCUGUGUGGCAUGGAGGCUGGCGUGCAGGCCAGCUGCAUGCAGGAGCGUGCCAUCCAGACAGACUUCGUGCAGUACCAGCCUGACCUUGACACCAUCCUGGAGAAAGUGACCCAGGCCCAGGUCUGUGCGACAGACCCUGAGUCAGGGGACGGGUGCCCAGAGCUGGACGCUCACCCUCCGGGGCCCAGAGACCCCAAUUCAGCAGUGGUGGUGACGGUGGGUGACGAGCUAGAGGCCCCAGAGCCCAUCACCCGUGGACCCACCCCACAGCGGCCUGGUGCCAACCCCAACCCUGGCCAGUCGGUGAGCGUGGUGUGCCCCGUGGAGGAGGAGGAGGAGGCUGCCGCAGCCGAGAAGGAGCCCAAGAGUUACUGGAGCCGCCACUACAUCGUGGAUCUGCUGGCUGUGGUGGUGCCGGCCGUGCCCACGGUGGCCUGGCUUUGCCGCUCCCAGCGGCGCCACGGCCAGCCCAUCUACAACAUCAGCUCCCUGCUUCGGGGCUGCUGCACUGUGGCCUUGCACUCCAUCCGCAGGAUCAGCUGCCGCUCGCUGAGCCAGCCCAGUCCCAGCCCGGCGGGCGGCAGCUCCCAGCUCUGAGGAGGCCCAUUCCGGCCGCGGCGCCUGCAGCCUGACCACUGAUUGUAGGGAUGCCGUCCCCCUCCCUUCUCCCAUGGGCAUCAUCUUAUUUAUUUAGUUUUGGGUGUGGAACUGUUUCUUUUUUUCAGGAUGUUAAAACAGUCUCGUGGCAGGAGCAGGGGUUGGAGAAAGGCAUCCCAAAGCUUCGAUGGAGAGCAGGGAAGGCAGACCCAAGGCAGGAGGCACACCGGCUGGACAAAUCGCAGGGAGGGGAGGGCGCUAGGGCCCUCUGUCCCCCUGGCCCUUCAGACAGGGCUGGCCCUGCUCAGGAAGCCUCUGGCUGUCUUUAUCUGGAGAAGCCGGGCUUGAGUUGCCCACAGGCCCUUGCCCUGCACCGUCCUGUCCAGCGCCCUGCUCACUCCAUACCUGCUCUUCCAAGCCACCUUGCCCUCAGCCCAGGCUCCUGGGCCAGCACUCUCUCCUCAAAUGGAAGCAGCCAUGGCCUAAAGUGUAGAUCACUGACCCAGGGCUCAGAGCAGAGGCCGGAACCACUGGGCUGGGCCGGCGUUCCAGCCUCCCCAGACUGCUCCCCACCUUGGGACUCAGGAGCUCGGUCAAGGCCACAGGCUGGAGGAGAGACGGGGCUGGGCGCAAGGUGGCGGAGGGCAGUGUGGGUUCUGUGUCUGUCUGUUCAUCCCAGGCCUUCCCGUCAUCCCUUUCCUCUUGGCACUUCUGGGUGUGUCAAUCAUUAUUCCUGUGAGGCAGCUAAGCCCGGCAAGCUCAGUGCUGGGGUAGGAGGGCCUGCCUGAGUCCCAGCUCCCAGCUGGAGAAUCCACCAGCACAAGAAGAGGAGGCAGGGGGCAGAAGCCCAAGGGGGCUCCCUCAGUCUUCCAAGGUGAGGCCGUCUCAUCUGCAGGCUGGGAGGCAGGGCUGGACUCAGGAAUCCACAGCUUACUGAAAAAGCCAGAGGCCAUGACUGCCCCCAGGAACUUGCCCCGAGUUUCUCUGGGGCCCUCGGGCCCAACUUCUGCUUUGCACUAUGUUCAUUUUGGGGUUGGUUCUCAGCCAUCCAAGGGUCUCCAGUGAGAUGGCUGCUUGCUGUCUGAGAUGAGGGUUCCUAAACCUUAAACCUAUCUGCCUCUGGAGGAGGGUGGGGGACUCUGGCAGGAUGAAUCGCAGGAUGGCGUACUGAAGCCACGAUGUUCGUCCAGGCCAAAGCAUGGUGUCCUGGGAUAGGUUUCCCAGGCAGGGGCAUGGCAGAGCCGGCAGGCACCCUGCAGCCUCCCUGCUCCCAGCCCAAGGCCAGUCGGCCUGGGAAGUUCACUGCCCCAACUCCUUUCCCGGGACCAUACUGAGUCCCCCAGCCACGCUGCUGACAUUCUUAUUACCUUUAUUAUCUUACCAAGUAAACUCACUCCUCUUCCCCCACAGGGGUUACAACCAUCUGGUUGUCCCUCCCACUCUUCAGAGGCGAGGCCCCACAUCUGGGGGGUUGGAGGGACCCUGUGUCUUACUCGCCCCUCUAGCCUAAGGGCCACUCUGGUUCUCUGCCAAGGUUGCUUGCCCUCACCCCAAUGCUCCAACAGCCAUUGCCUGACUCAUGGGCUCUGCCCUUCUGUUCGGUGCCCUCCACGCGAGGCGGGGCACCUGCAUGCACUGGGAGGGGGCAGCUGGACCAGCCCUCAGGGCAGGAGCCCCCCUCUGCCACACGCUUUGUGCCUCCAAAGCUCCCCCCGCCUUGGUCAGGGCCUCAGACCAGCCAUCCUUUGUGGAAUAUGCCCCAACCCAGCCAAACCAAACCCAAAUGCCUGAGGCCUGGCUGGGGCUGCCCCCGCAGGACACUGUGGCCAUGCCACGGAGGGGGCAGUGGACAAAACCAAUCCAAAGCCAAAACAGGACUGGCCGCGGACCCAGCCUCCUGUGCUGCGCACUCAUGGAGCUGCGUAGUCUCCUUAGACAUAGUCAAAGCUUUGCCAAGAAAAGAAAUGUAUGAACUAUAUUUGACAACAUAAAAUCUCUCUAUUUUUCACCACUGGAAUUUAGUCAAGCUUCAAGCCCCUCUGCUCCUGUCUGUGUCUUGCGUCUGUGGCCUUCCUGUUGUGUCUUGUGUUUUGGUGGAUGUGACAGGGCUGGGGCCACAGUCUACUCUGUCCCUGCUGCUAGAGAAGCCACCUGUGGAGGAGUGGGCUGUGGUUGGGCCUGAGGCCUGUGGAGGAGGUAAGCGUAGCCAGCAGCAGCCCUCUACUCCUAUUCUGGCCUGAGACCACCAGUGUGGGUCACGAGGGCCCUGGCCCACAGUGUUGAGGGUCCUCUCUUUCGGGGGUUCUCCUGGGGCCUUUGAUGGGCUUUUCUUCUUGUCAGUGGAGGAAGCAGCUCCCCACUCAGCCCUGGGACAGGCCCUGGGACUGUGGCAGCCGGUGGCCCUGGCCCAGCUCUGGAGUGCGUGUGUGUGUGCUCAGAUCCCGCAUCUAUGCAAAGGUGCAGGCUGCCUGUGCGGCUCCAGGCGGUGGAGGUGCAGCAGCUGCUGCUCAGGCGCCAUGCCCUGAAGAGGCAGGGUACAGAUGGGGCUGGGAGGGCAAAGAUGGGGUGGGGCCUCCCCCGAGAGAGCUCACCCUCCACAGCGACCCUUUUCCUUCCUGCCUAAUCCCGUUGGGCUGCGACCUUUUCCUCCUGCCCUCAGUUUCUGAAACAGAAAUCUUUGGGGCCUCCCCUUUCCCCAGAGUCUGGCCAGAGCUGAUGAGGUCCUGAGGAACAAUGUCCCCAGGAACCACGUUCUGGAGCCUGGUGGCCAGACGUGGCUUCUCCUGAGUUCUAGGGCUCGGGCCAGAGUGGCCCUACUGCCCGGCCAGUCCAGGCUCAGGCAGGAAUCGGAUGCUGGGGCCCGGGCUCUGCACAGAGAGCUGGGCUUGAGUGGAGUCGAUUGUAGAUUUCUCCCAAGGGGAUCACUUAGCUUCUCACUGACACACCCUUCCCAAUUGCCACUAGCACAGGGGUAUCUUACAGCACUUUGGGGAGGGGUGGGACAAACGGCAAGGUUCUGGGGCCAAGGCCUACCCAGGGGCCUCUGGCCAGAGAACUCACAACCCCCCUCUGACCUAGGGGUCAAUGCAAACAGGUCACAGUGCACUCCCAUAUUAUGCCAUCCCUUUGACGAAGAAUUCAGGGGAUGUGGGAAGUGGGGAGGCGGGGAGGGAUCUUGACUCUUGUCUCCUUUGUCCUUUUGUUCAGACAGUUGUACCUGCAGCAGACAACUCUGAAUUAAAGCAUGAAAACACAGCAA